AUGCUGAAGCUCACAAAUAAACACCGAGCGCUGCACGGCUCGCGGCCGCUGAGGUGGAAUGCCACGCUGGCUGCGACGGCCAAGCUGUGGUCAAAGCAGUGCACCAUUGAGCACUCACAGGGGAAGUACUUGGAUGGGCAGUACGGCGAGAACACGUAUUAUCGGUUUGGCUCGCUCCCAAGCGGCCUCCAGGACUGCACCGCCGCUGAGACAUACUGGUACAACGAAGUCAGGAACUACAACUGGCUGAAGCCGGGGGAGAAGAUCAACCCCCGCCUCAUCAUGGUCUUGCAUUUCACCCAGGUGGUGUGGGCGGACACGCGGAGCAUGGGCUGCGGCACCACCUCAUGCAGAGACGGCAGCAGCUACACCAUCUGCCACUACUACCCUCAAGGCAACUUCAAGUGGUGCAACUGGGACACUGGCAAGUGCUAUAGCUACCGAGAGAAUGUGUUCCGCACAGCCUGCCAGAACAUGACACGCAAUGACGGCUGCUCCAAGUGCUCUAAAAAAGUGUACAGGCCCAGUCACUGCAUGGCCUACCUCCCCACGCCCACCAAGACCCAGGCCUCCACCGCGUCCGCGUCCCCCACGGCCCCGGCCGCCACGGCCGCCCCCAAAAUAGAGGGGUGCUGCCUGCGGCGGCGGCGGUAG